AUGGUUGGCGUGCGCGUGAGGCCGCUCUCGGCGGCCGAGUCGGCCCGAGGCGCGGUGGACUGCCUGUCCGUCACAGAGGGCAACAAGGUCUUCGCGCGCGACCCGGACGAGAAGAUGGGCGGCCGCGACUACCUCCGGCUGCAGCAGUUCAACGACCACGCGUACCAGUUUGACGCGGCGUUCGGCCCAGAGAGCGGCUCGAGCGAGGUGUACGCGCGGCUGGUGCGGCGCGUCGUCACCGCCGUGAUCGACGGCUACAACGGCGCCUGCUUUGCAUACGGCGCGACGGGCUCCGGCAAGACGCACACGAUGCUCGGCCAGCCGCAGGCCUGCAAUAGUAGAAGAGAGGAAGAAGCAGUGGAGGAGUUGAUGGCGGCGGCGCUGCGGGACGACGACUUCGACUACAAGUUCGGCGUCUCGUACGUCGAGAUCUACAACGAGAAGGUCAAGGACCUGCUCAACCCGGACUCACAGGCAGACCUCGAGGUGAGGGAGGACGCCAAGCACGGCACGCACAUCCAGGGCGCCGUCGAGCUCGCCGUCGGGUCGGCCGCCGAGAUCAUGGAGCACAUGCAGCGUGGCUCGGUCUACCGCACGACCGAGGCGACCAACUGCAACGAGGUCUCCUCCCGCUCGCACGCCGUCCUCCAGGUCACCGUCAAGGCCGUGCAGCGGUACGGAGAGGGAGGCGGCUCCAAGCGGCGCCUCGCCAAGAUGUCGCUCAUCGACCUCGCCGGCUCCGAGAGAGCGUACAAGACCGACAACCGCGGGCAGCGGCUCGUGGAGGGGCGCAACAUCAACCGCUCCCUCCUCUCCCUUGCCAACUGCAUCAACGCCCUCGCCGACCGCACGCGCAAGGGCGCGCACGUGCCGUACCGCGACUCGAAGCUGACUCGCCUACUCAAGGACUCGCUCUCGGGCACGUCUGUCGCCGCGAUGCUCUGCGCUGUCUCUCCGUCGUCGGACCAGUACGAGGAGACGCUCAACACGCUCAAGCGGCAGGACGUGCCUCGCGCGAGCCCCGAGGUGCACGCCGCGUACGUGCAGCUCGACAACAUGGAGGCGGACGAGCUGGCGGCAAUCUCGGAGGAGUCGGCGGCGCGGGACCCGUCCAGCGGAGCAGUCUACUACUACAACGACCAGUCCAGCGCCACCACUUGGCACCGGCCCGGCCCGCAGGCGCUUGGCCAGGCUGCGGGAGCGCCGCCACGGACAGCCAUCUCGCCGCGCGAGUACACCUUUGGCCGCGGCUAG